UAAAACUAAUAAUGCAGGAUGUUAAUGAUUAGGAAUUUGAAAAAAGGAAUCUGAAAGGCGGAGAGAGAGAGCGAGGGAGCUGCUUCAUGCCUCUCUCUUCAUACAUACAUACAUAUAUCUCCUUCACAUAAAUUCAAAUAAAUAAUACUAAAACCCUAGGUUUUCAUCAAUCAAUUUCCCCAAAAUGUGUUGUUGUUGUUGAGGGGAAAUGAGUAGCAGCAGGAGAGAAGAAGAGAGGAACGAGAAGAUAAUAAGAGGGCUUUUGAAGCUCCCUCCCAAUCGCAAAUGCAUCAACUGCAAUAGCUUGGGUCCCCAGUAUGUAUGCACAAACUUUUGGACCUUUGUCUGCAUGACAUGCAGCGGAAUACAUCGUGAGUUUACUCACCGUGUGAAGUCAGUUUCCAUGGCUAAGUUUACGUCCCAAGAAGUGGAAGCUCUUCAAAAGGGUGGUAAUCAGCGGGCCAGAGAGAUAUAUUUAAAAAGCUGGGACCCGCAAAGUCAAUGGCUUCCUAAUAACAGCAAUGUUGAUAAAGUGAGGGACUUUAUUAAGACCGUCUAUGUUGAGAAAAGAUAUGCUGGGGCACAGUCCUCUGAAAGACCUCCUAGAGAUACUCAGAACUUGAGAAACAACGACGAUGAUAUGAGAAGAGCAAGUUCUUACCAUUCCUAUUCCCAAAGUCCACCAUAUGACUUUCAGUAUGAAGAACGGCGUUACGGGAAACAUGCACCAGUACUCUCUAGAAAGCCUGGAUCAGAUCGAGGACUUUAUGAAGGAAAAGUGUCGAGUUUCUUGAGUCCUAGUCGUUUAAGUGAUCAUAUCUAUGAGGAUAGGUUUGCUAAUGAAGGAUCGAAUCCCAGAGCGUCAGAUUACUCUGUGUCUAGUGGAGGUGAUCCAUUCAGGGCUGAAGCACAGUCCCCCAGCUUCCAGAGAGGCAUGGGAAGUCCCUUAAGUGACACCUCAAGGGAUAUUUCAUACGAAGAUGUACGGCAUGUCAAGAAAGAUGCUGGAAGAAUAUCACGAGCACAGAGACCUGGAUCUUCUGGAAGUUUUGAAUCGUUUGACAGCAACUCCUUGUCAUUCAAGUCUGUAAAUUCUCUUGGUUUAUCGGAUGUUACUUCAGAAUCAAAGCAAACAAUUGAGAUCCACUCUAGUAAAUUGUCAACUUUACCCUCUUUGCAACGAUCAUCGGGACCUGGAAAUUCAAAUGCCCCAGAUCUGUUCAAUGCUCCCUCAGUUCCUCAAACCGCUCCGCCUACAGUUUCAACAAAGUCUCAUUUGCCAGUUGGUAAUUCACAUCAAUCACCUUCAUCUUUGGACUUAUUCUCAGAGGUGCCAAACCUGCCUUCAGCUGCAGGUGCUGAUCAAAAACCAUCAUGUGAAGUCACUUCCAAAAAUGAAGGAUGGGCAACAUUUGAUAUGCCACAGCAUACAGAAACAACUGGCACCGACCAGUUCGCCCCGGCACCGACACCUGCUUACUGUCAUAAUUCUUUUGACUUCUUACCUGAAAAGACACAGCAGCAAUCGGGUGUUACAUCCAAUCAGAAGUCAUUGGAUGUGGUUCCUCAGAGAAAUGAUGGAUGGGCAACAUUUGAUGUCCCUCAGCACCUGGCACUCACUGCCAGUAAUAACUUUGCCUCCAACAAGAUUCCAUUUAAGGCUGAUUCUCAACCGACUUUGGACCCAACUUUCUCUGUCAUGCAAUGGCCAUCACCGGUAGAAUCUACUCCUCAGGGACCAGACAUUAGAGAGUCUACUGCUUGUGCAUUAAAUUUAUCAAUGGCUGCUCCAUUUCAUGCAGUUGUGCAGAAUGUUGAAGCUACUCCAAGUGGAAGAAGCACUGACUUGUGGAGUGCCUUCGAUGUUUCUAAUGACAAGAUUGCUGAUGAUCAGUACAUGGGCUUAAGAGGAGUAGAGAAUGUGGCUACAGGUCAAAGUCAAAGAGCUGUGCUGGAUAGUGGAAAUCCUAUUACUAGUUUGCCAUCAUAUGUCAGUGCCUCAUCCUCUGGAUUGUCCGCUCUUCCUGUAGGGACAGGACUGCAUUCACAUGCAAAUGAGCCGAAGUCCAACAACCCAUUUGAUCUGCCUUACGAUGCUGACAUGGAAUGCAGCAAUAUGCCUCAGUACUGGGACAUGAGCUCAUUACAAGCUGCAUUGCCAAGUGACGAGAUGCCAACUUCCUUUGUUGGUGGUGUGAACGAAUCUUGGUUUCCCCAGAACCCAGCAACAGCUUAUGUUCCAGCUGGACAGCAAGGGACAUUAUUCGUUUCCGCACAACCAGCUGGCAAUCAAAUAUCGAACGUCCCGACACAUGGGCCAGUUGCUCCAAUUGGCGGAAAUCCAUUUGCAUAGGAUUGUGUUCAUAUAUUCAACUAGUUGUUGGAUCAGCUAGGUUAUUCUUUCAACUUUUAGAUUCCUAUGUAUUUCAUGUUUUGGCCAUGUUUGUAUUGUUCAAAAAAGAGACAACUAGGCAGAAAUGACCAAAUUCCAAAGGCCGGUAGGCAGUGCUUCUUUCUUGUUGAGGCCUACAGUGUGUUCUGAUACUAUAGUCCUAUAGUUGAUGUGAUCUUAAAUGUUUUAAGAGUCUCUUUGUUGGCUA